UCUUUUGGUUCCCACCUCUCAACAAUCCUUUCCAUCCAUAAAACUCUCUCUCUCUCUCUCUCUCUCUCUCUCAAUAGACAGCUCAAUUCAAAGAUGAGCAAAAUCAAACAACUGUUCCUCUUUGUCUUCUCUUAGUCUCAUCAUCAUCAUCAUCUACUUCCUUACCCUCCCUCAAGAGCUUCAAUGGCGACCGCUUCUCUCUCUCUCCUCCCUUCUUCACUCAGCUUCACAGUCACUCCCGAAGCUUCUUCAUCUUCUUCAUCUUCUUCCUCUCCUUUCUUCGCUGGUGGGUCUCAUCUUUGGACCCACAAGAACUUCGUCUCAAUUUCUUCAUCAUCUCAAUUGAGUAAAAAGUUAUCUGCCAAGCGAUUUGGUACGGUGGUCUCGGCCGCAGCAGAUUAUUACUCCACUCUCGGGGUUUCCAGAAGUGCCAGUGGUAAAGAAAUCAAGGCGGCUUACCGCAGGUUAGCUCGCCAGUACCACCCUGAUGUCAACAAACAACCCGGAGCAACAGAAAAGUUCAAGGAGAUCAGUGCUGCAUAUGAGGUGCUAUCAGAUGACAAAAAGCGGGCUUUGUAUGAUCAAUAUGGUGAAGCUGGGGUUAAAAGUACAGUAGGAGGACAAGCUGGUGCUUAUACGACUAAUCCUUUUGAUCUGUUUGAGACAUUCUUUGGGCCUAGCAUGGGUGGUUUUUCGGGUAUGGACCAGGCCGGAUUCCGAACACGUCAACGUAGUACUGUUACUAAGGGCGAAGAUAUACGUUAUGAUAUGAUUUUGGAAUUUUCGGCGGCCAUAUUUGGAGCAGAAAAAGAAUUCAAACUUUCACAUCUUGAAACAUGCGAAGUUUGCACUGGUACUGGAGCUAAGAUAGGCUCCAAAAUGAGGAUAUGCUCAACUUGUGGUGGUAGGGGUCAAGUUAUGCGAACUGAACAAACACCAUUUGGCUUGUUUUCACAGGUUUCUGUAUGUCCAAAUUGUGGUGGGAAUGGUGAAGUCAUUUCUGAAUACUGUCGGAAAUGCUCCGGCGAGGGUCGUAUUCGUGUGAAGAAAGAUAUCAAAGUUAAAAUUCCACCUGGAGUCAGCAAGGGCAGUAUUCUGAGAGUUGCGGGAGAGGGAGAUGCUGGACCAAAGGGCAGGGGCCCUCCUGGUGAUCUUUAUGUCUACCUUGAUAUUGAGGAGAUUCCAGAGAUCCAAAGAGAUGGCAUAAAUCUACGUUCAUCUGUUUCAAUUAGUUAUCUAGAUGCCAUAUUGGGCACUGUUGUUAAGCUUAAGACAGUUGAAGGAACUACUGAUCAACAGAUUCCUUCGGGUACCCAACCUGGAGAUGUGCUUGUACUGGCAAAGAAAGGAGCACCAAAGUUAAACAGACCAUCAAUACGUGGUGAUCACUUAUUCACAAUUAAAGUUGCCAUACCCAAUCGUAUUAGUGCCAAGGAGCGUGAACUGCUUGAAGAACUCGCUUUCCUAAGUAACAGUCCUGGCAGCCGUUCUCAAACUCGCCCUAGAGUUCAGCAAGCUGGAAAUACACAAAGUGAAAAUGGUUCUGUUACUGAGAAAACUGAUGAAUCAGAAGGUCAAGAUGACCCAUGGAAGAAGUUAAAAGAUUUUGCUGGGUCUGUUGCAAAUGGAGCUCUAAAAUGGUUGAAAGAUAAUCUGUAGUUCAAUACAAGGACUCGAACAAAAUUCAUUACCGCUCCGUAGAUUUUGUUUCCCUCAAAAUGGCCACAAAAAAGAUCAUGCACUUGGUCACUCUUGUUGAUUAAUCCUUUUUGGAUUGUGUUGAAGCAAUUGAAUUACCCCCUAUUGGAUAUUCUUUUAAUUUUUUUUUCACCUUUGUAACUUCUGGCAUGGGCUUAGUAGAAUAGAUGCACAUCUUCAAGUGUAUUGAUAUGUAUGCCUGAGCAGGUUAGAAUGACAAGAGAUAAAUGUAAUAAUUUUUUUUUAUAUCAAAUAUACAUUGAAGUUUUGCACUUCAUGGUCA